CGGCGCAGUGAUCUGUGUUGUGCUGAGGCUGAGCUGAAUGAGAUUGAAGAAGAGUUCUUCUUGUUUUGUAGCUUCAGUUUCUCUGUUUUUAUUCAUCUUUUUUACUCUAACAUCCGAACAAAGUGCAGUUCUGCGGGCAGGAGGCGGCCGGACUCCCGCUAAACUGUGGUUCCACCGUAGAUCGGCUGCUGGGAGGAAAAUAUUUAAUUAAUCUGGGGGAGGACUGCUGCUGAGGCAGCACAGAGGGGUGGAGUCCAGUCCCACUGCCAGGUGCGGCACUUUAAUGCUUCAGUUGGAUGGUUUUCCUACUGGAGACGGUGUUAAGGCUGAUCGAUCGGCUGACAGACUGACUGGAUCCAUGAUGGAAUUACAGACGUUACAGGAGGCUCUGAAGGUGGAGAUCCAGAUCCAUCAGAAACUGGUGGCUCAGAUGAAGCAGGACCCUCAGAAUGCAGAUCUGAAGAAGCAGCUCCACGAACUCCAAGCAAAGAUCACAGCCCUCAGCGAGAAACAGAAAAAGGUGGUGGAGCAGCUACGGAAGGAGCUUUUGGUGAAGCAGGAGCCUGAGGCCAAGCUGCAACUGCAGGUCCAAACUCCUCCAGUAGGUGGCGACCUGAAGCCAGCCAGCCUGCUGCAGAGCCAGCAGAUACCUGGAGGGCUGCAGCAGACGCUGACGGUCACGCCGGUCCUCACUGCAAAGACUCUGGUGCUCAAAGCCGCCGCCACGCCCGCGCUUCCCGGCGCCAUCCUGUCGCAUCGCCCGCCCACCGUCGCUAUGGUAACCACAGCUAUCACCAAACCCGACUCACAGAACGUCCCUAUCAACCUGCAGGUGGCAAGCAGGCUGACCAAUCAGAGCUCGGAGCCCGUGCGGCUGGUCUCCAAGAACGCCGUGGUGCUGCAGGCCACCACCACCACCACAGUGUCCGCCCAGCCAAUCAAAGUUCCUCAGUUUGUCCCUCCUCCUAGACUGACGCCUCGGCCCACCUUUCAGCCACAGGUCAGGCCAAGGCUGGCCACGCCCACCAAUGUCCCCAUCGCCCCGGCUCCUCCCCCGCCCAUGAUGGCGGCCCCUCAGCUGCUUCAGAGGCCCGUCAUGUUGGCCACCAAGCUGGCCACCUCGCUACCCUCCGCUGCUCCCAUCCACCAGGUCCGCAUCGUCAACGGGCAGCCCUGUGGAAAGACAGGCUCCGCCCCUCUGACUGGCAUUGUCAUCACCACGCCCGUCACUGCCACCCCCACACGGCUUGCAAGCCCUGUCCAUGCACUAACCAUCCCCGCCCCUCUCCCGGCUCCCCCUCCAGCCCCGCCCAUCCAAAUCAGCAGCCUGAUCUCUGAACCCAAGCAGACUGUUAAACUGGAAGCAGCAGAACAGAAAGCUGUGGUCAGCAUGCCGUCCUCCUCCACCCCUCCGCUGUCUUCACCCUCCAGACCCAAAAAGGAGGAGAACCCAGAGAAACUGGCCUUCAUGGUGUCUCUGGGUCUCGUCACUCAUGACCACCUGGAAGAGAUCCAAAGCAAACGACAGGAGAGGAAGAGGAGAACGACAGCCAAUCCAGUGUACAGCGGAGCUGUGUUCGAGCCUGAGAGGAAAAAGAGUGCAGUGAGUUACCUGAACAGCCCUCUGCACCAGGGGACCAGGAAGAGAGGUCGCCCACCCAAAUUCAGCAGCGUCCCGGAGCUGGGCAGCCUCACCCCGACCUCCCCCUCCAGCCCUGUCCGUCCCCUCCCCCUGCCCAGCCCCGGCUCUGGGGAUGGAGACAUCCACGAGGAUUUCUGCACUGUGUGCAGACGCAGUGGCCAGUUGCUCAUGUGCGACACGUGUUCUCGUGUUUAUCACCUGGACUGCCUGGAUCCACCCCUGAAAACCAUUCCUAAAGGCAUGUGGAUCUGUCCAAAAUGUCAAGACCAGAUCCUGAAAAAAGAAGAAGCCAUUCCCUGGCCUGGCACCCUGGCAAUCGUUCAUUCCUACAUUGCUUACAAAGAAGCUAAAGAAGAGGAGAAGCAGAAGCUGAUGAAGUGGAGUUCAGAGCUGAAAGUGGAGCGUGAGCAGCUGGAACAAAGAGUCAAACAGCUCAGUAACUCCAUAACGAAAUGCAUGGAGACCAAAAACACCAUCCUGGCUCGGCAGAAAGAGAUGCAGCUUUCCCUGGACAAAGUCAAACAUCUCAUUCGCCUCAUCCAAGCCUUCAAGUUCAACCAGGCCCUGGCAGGGACGGAGGAGAAAGAUGUUCGAGUGCAGGACAGAGCUCAGGCUGUGCUCGGCUGUGGAGCUGCAGCUGAAGUCAGCUCGAUGGAGAAGCAAGUGGUGAGCAGCUCUUUGGUCAGCAGCAAACAGGAGGAGCAGCAGACAGAAGGAGCAGCAGAAGGAGGAGGGGACGCCAACAGCACAGCCCUGACUAACUGCCCUAUUGCUGGGGCAGGGGGUGUGAUGGGGCUGGGGCUUGGGGGUCACACAGAGACCGGUCCUCGUGUGGAGGUUCAGCCCAGGCCUGAGACUGAAGCAGUUCCUGUGGCUCCUGCAACUGUUGCAACCACCAAUGGUACGACAGAGCCGCCGUGCCCCGCCCACAGCCCCGCUGCCGCUGAGAACAAGAUAGCUGCCGUGAACCCUGCAGAAACAGCGGUGGAGAAGAAACAGGAGGAGAUCGCCGACGGCAGCAACAACAGCAAAACCUCAGAACCCUCCCAGCAUUCUUUGCCAGCUCUGCUCAGCAGUUUGGACGAUAAAAAGUAACGCUGCGUCUCUCUGGCUGCAGGAAGUCAAACAUAUAUAUUAAAAAUGACCUUUGCUUGCACCGCACGGUGCCCUGAAGUUGCCAAUCUGUAUAAAUGUUGUUUGUUUGCAUUGUAUUGUCAGACUGUGUCAAUGGUAGAUGUACAGCCCAAGUCACUUGACUCUGGGAAGACCCGGGUCAUCAUGCCAAUUAGUGAUAGACGUCAUGGUGGGAACGCUCAAAGGGAGAUUUAAUUUAUCAUCACACCAGUGUGUGCCUGUUACAGUGGCCCCUGUGUUCUGUUGAUGGCUCUGAGGAGAACCCAGAACAUGGAACCAAACAUCUGUCGGGGGAACUGGUCCAAGAAGCAGUGUUGUAAACGUUUGUGUACUGAAAAGAGAACCUGUUCGUGUCCUCGUCCCGGUAAGCCUGAUGGGAACAACGUUUCACAGUCCGAGUUCCUUAUCAUAUCAUACCUGCUCCUCACCUGAAAACAUUCCGUUUGAAUCAGUUCUGCCACACCAGAACCGAUCCGUUCCAACUUUGAAGGCUUCAGUUUGAUUCUAUCUGUCAUCUGAGGUGUGACCCCAGAUAUAAAACAAAAACCCGCAUCUGAAAAAAUGGGACCAAUGUGGCCAUGAAGUGUGUUUUCAGUCACUCCAUCAUUAGAGCUUUAGACGUUCUCCACACCUUUAACUUCCUGACAGAAAAGUCCUUCAGUCUCCUCUGACCCGUCCAAUGGCCUGAUCAGACUCUCCCAUCUCCUGUUUCAUCUCUGUUGAGAUUUGAUUGGAUGAAAAGUUGAGACACCCAAGACUUCAGGAUGAGUCACGAACAUUUGACAUAUUUUUGUUUUUUAAAUGAAAAAAUAAAACUGCUCAGCAGGACUCAGAGAGCUUUAAAAGUUAGAUAUCGCUGAUGUUCAUGGAGAUAAGUGGAGACGGCUGCAUUGAUCAGGAAUUUAUGGAUUGAUCAAAUUAAUGAUGGAUGGAUUAUGCUGUAAUUCAGAGUUCACACCUGUGAUUCUGGAAAAGCUUUGUCUCUGGUGCAGGAAGUCCACACCGUUUGUUUACAAAUAUUUAUCUUCAAUUUAAGUUGACAGGUUCACCCUGACCUCUGACUUGACAUGGAUUCAGUUUGCUGGGAAACACCAGAGGAAGCUAGAAACCUUUAUCUAAUCCUUCCAGAGGAUUGCUCGGUGGUCUCCCAAAGGAGCAGUCCGUACAAGGAAGCCGUUCAGAGAACAUCUAUCCGAAACAGAUGUUUGUUCCCACAAGUUACUUGAUAAAUUUCAGGGUCCCUAAAGGUCCCAUCAACCAGUGAAGGAAUGUCCAGUUUAGAUCCAGAACUCUGCUUUUUUUCCCGAGUGAAAUCACACUGAGUCGCAAAGUUCCUCUGAGUCACAUUGAAGCCUUUAAAAUUUCAAAGUAAUCAAAAACAAAGCCCAAAGUCUAACUCCAUAUGUUAACUUCACCUCCUCCAUCAUUUCUACCCACCUGUCUCCCAGUGGAGGCUGGGCGAUGUCCCCUGGUAGGCACAGAGUGUGGAUUCUGACAUAGUCCCUUGGUAGAUGCUGGACUUUGUACUCCAGGCGUUGUUCCCUGGUGGACGCUGGACAUAGUCCCCUGGUAUACACCUGGGCUGGAUUGCCCCUGGGCAUUGUCCCCCGGUGGACAUAGGGUUAGGACCCUGGGUGUUGUACUCUGGUGGACGCUGGGCGAUGUGGUACUCAGGUCCCGGGAUGAGGCCGAACAGGCGCGGUAGCCUAACAGAUGUUCUCAGUUGUGUCGGUCAGUGUAGUGAUUGAGUUUUCAUUCGUGAGUCGUGUGUGUGCGUGUCAACUGUGAGCACUAAAUGUGAAAUUGCAAUAUUGCAACAUCAACACACACAAACUAUAUCUGGGCUGUGUUUCUUUUUUAUAGGAAAAGAUAUUCAGGUCUUCCUAGUCUCCAGAAUAAGUGCUUUCUGUUCCUGAACCUGCUGGACUGGCAUCAUCAUCAUCAUCGUUGUCGUCAUCAUCAUCAUCAUCAUCACCACCUCCUCUGGGUGGUGGUCGUUUGAAUCCGGAACUGCCAAAAUCCAGAUGUUGUUUCCACGUUCAGCAGGGACUCGUCCUCGUACUGUCCUCAAAGAUCAAAUCAUCAAAAGAUUCGGAUGCAAAGUCCCGGUCUGAGACAGGAGAGCAUUGGGAACAAUAACUACAGCAGGAAGUAUUCCCGUCAAGGAAAACUGAGGGAUCUGUCGGGGGUUAAAGGACGACAACACAAUUCCUGAGAUUAAAGCACAAACUUGCUGCAUUACAAAGAAGUGCUGAGGAGCUUUUUGUACGUCCCCAUGGAGUUAAACGGAGUAUGCAUCUCUUUGUUGUCUUGUGACUUCUCCCCACAUUGCCAAUAUUUCCCCUCGGUGUGACUCUGACACUGGAGUCUGAUUAGGAGUUUGUCCCUUACAGUUAGUCCGGUUCAGAGCUGGAAGGUGAAGCUGGAGGAAGUCGAUGGAUGUCCAAACAACCAAUCGCAACGUGGACCGGCGAAUGCAAAGAAUAAAGGUGCCUCCCGUUUCUGCUGGAAACUAUUUCUGCUUCGGUUGUUUGGCGUUUUGCUCACCCCUUCCUGAAUGUGAGGAAACAUUUCAGACUAUUUUUUAUUAAGGAUUCCCUCUGAAAAUGAUUUUCAGGUUUAUUGAUGAGCAAAAUGAGUCCAGACUGAAUUAUCUGAAGUCAGGGGUCUCUACCACCAGUCCUCGAGAGCUACUAUCCUGUAGCUUUUAGACACAACCCUGCUCCAACACAGCUGAAGUUGCUCCUCAGCAUGUCGUCAAGUACUGCAGAGGCCCCAUAAUGAGCCAUUCAUUUGAUUCGGGUGUCCUGGAGCAGGGAUGCGGGAUAAGUAGUAUUUGAGGACUGGAGUUUCUCUAAGCUCAAUAGAGCAACAUCCCAACACCACUGGCAUCGCUGCCUUGCUGGAGAAAACCUGAUUCAGUUUCCUCUCAUGGUUGUGGGGUGAGUUCCUGUUUGGGUGGUGAUCUGUUGCAGGCAUCAUAGUUUUGAUUUCAUUUCAUAUCAUGCAGACUACUGUGAGCGAAUCAGUAUAUCCAACGGCACCUGGUUUUCUCCCCCAUCAGCUGCACAGACUGCCUUCAUUUCAAACAUCCCAGAAAAAUGUGUGUGUGUGUGUGUGUGUGUGUGUGGUCGGUUUGUCCUGUAGAGUUCAGCUGAUAUGACACGGAUGAGCCAGACAGGAAACCCAAGUGUCCCCGCUUCCUCUUGGAUCUCACUUGUGUUCUAUUCUCUUUUGGGUGGAUGUGGUUCUCAUUCCGACCUGUAGAUCCGAUCGGUCAUCGGGUCUCUGGAUCCUUCCCUCUGUACAGUAGGUACCUCUGAGUGCCUUUCUUCAAACAGCAGAUAAUAUUUGUCUCUUGACUUGCACUGUGACUCGUAGAACUUAACAGAACCCCUCCGGGAUCACCCCGCCUGUCAGCUAGCCCCCACCCAUACUGCCCUGCCCCACAUGAAGCCCCGCCACGCCCUCCUCAGGCUGCCAGGAGUCAAUGAAAGCUUACCAACAUGUCACACGAUUGGACCACAUAGUGUUCUGUUUAUCCUAGUAGUUGCCUUAAAUGGGUUUUUUUUGUUGUUGUUUUUUUCUGGUGAAACGUUUGGGUUCAGGGGCGGGGGGGUCUAGGGUUGUCUGUCCAGAGGCAGUCUGAGAUCUCACUCUGAUCAUGUCAUGCACUUUUAGUUUGAUCAGUAUUAUCAGAGCAGAGUGGGGGUCAGUCAGUUAUGUUUUGUUUUAUUUUAAAAGGCCUCCGCCCACUUGCUUCUUCCUGUCUCAUAUUUUGGAAGAGCGAUGAGUUCGCAGGGUCAGAUCACGAGCCGGAGUCUGAGUGCGUUUCAGACGAACAAACCUGGACCUGGUGAGCAUCCUCUGUGCACGCUGUGGUGCAGCACAUGCCUUCUUAUGCAAGUUUUUAUACCAACCUUUUUUAUUAUGCAUUGCUUCAGUUUUUUAUGUUUUUUUAUGUGAAACUUCAGUCACCUUUUUCUUCUCUGAACAUUCUGGCAUCUCGAUGCCAAACGUGGGCAUGUGUUUACACAUUCAGGUAUCCAUUUAGGGGGCGACGUUUGGAUUUUCCAGAAAGUUCCGAGAGCGGUCCAGUCAGGGUUCUAAACAUGGAACCUCUGUUUAGAGGAGAAAGCUGGAGUCGUUUGCAUUUCUUACGUUUUUGGUUUCUGUUGCAGUACUGCAAGUGACCUCGGGGGCCGCCUGGAGCGAGCGUUUGGCGCCAUCUCAGCUCUGUGGUUUCAUCUCCUUUUAGCUUAGGUUUUAUUUAACUGGCGUGCUGCGUGGAGAUAGGGAUGGGGUCUAAAAUGUUCCUUAAUGGAAGUCUGGAAGCAAAAGUAUCCAAAGAACUCUGCAUAUCAUCGGGACGUGGGUUUUCUGCAUCGUUCAGCGACUUUCGGGUCGCUGCUCCGGGCUUCAGCGUGGGUCCUGGGAGGCAAUUUGCUUUUCAUCUUUCGGUUUUAAAGCGAUCAAGUCAUGAUUGUGGCCUUCUAGUAUUCUGUGGGUUCAUGACGUCAGUCACCUGUUGUUCCCGCUCAGCAUCCAUCCAUCCAUCCCUCCAUUUAUCCUGUCUGGAUCCUCUACACCUGCAGCUUCUUACCUCAUCCACAGCUGAGUCCAUCAGGGGUGUGUUGAGUGCAAAAAAAUCUGAAAAAUAAUUUUAAAAAAUCUAAAAAUGAAAAGAAGUCUUUUUCUAUCUUCCAUUUGGUGAGAUGCAUUGUAGCGAUCAGAAUAAAGAAAAAGUUCACCUGGUGUGCUGAAUAAUGUGUAAAUUGGUUAUUACACAAUCUGAAUAUUUGUAUAAUUGUUUGUAUUUUUUCAUAAUGAUUUUGGAAAGGAAUGUGUUUAUUUUUUUGACUUCUGUUCCAGAUGUGUCUUCUGUUGGCCUGACAUUGUGACUGGUCUGGUGGGAUUCUUACCUCUGUAUUGAGCCUCUUCUGUGAUGAAUUCUUUGUAUGCAGUGUUUAGGAAAUACUGUAGGGAACAUGGGGAGGAGUUAUUAGGAGCAUUUGAUCAAUUUGUAUUUAUUUAUUUUAUCAUUUUGUUAAAAUAAAUUGUGAAAAACAAAAAAAAAAAA